AUGAAGUGGUGCCGGCUGGAGAGGAACUGUGUGACAGGAUCAUCUGGAUCCAUAGAUGGAACAACAGUGACCGCUCAUAUGAGAGACCUAAAUGUUUUCACAGUGACCAUGAGUGGACUAAAGUCAGAGAACACUGGCUGGUAUUGGUGUGCUAAAGGAGACAUUCAGAUACCAGUAUAUUUAACUGUUACUGAAAAACCGAUUACCACCACUACUUCGACUACUUCGACUACUACUGUUGCUGAAAAUGGAACAUUUACCACAAUAGAACAACAGAGCAAAUCUACAGUAGCAGAAAAUAAACACAGAGCUUCAUUUGACCUAAAGAUCCUCAUCGUUCCUCUUGGUGUGCUGAUCUUGUUAAUUUUGAUGUUCUUCUGGUUUAUUUUAAAACAGAAGCAGAGCAAAGCAGAAUCAUUGGCCACAGCAAUGGUGGAAGAGGAAGUAACAUAUUCCAUUGUUGUGUACAUGCAAAACAACCAUCAGAGGCAUCAUUUGCUGAAAGUGAUGCUGAGAGCAUGUACAGUUCUGUGUUUUACCUUAAAGAAACAAAGGAGUAAAUGAAAAGACACAGACAUUAUAUAUAACACAGUGAAACAUUAUAAGAUUAUAUAUAUGUAUAUAUUUUGCUUUUUUAUCUGUAUACAUAUUACUGGAGUCUUUGUCAG